AUGGACAAGCCAGAUUACGAAAAUCUCGAGGUGAUACAGAGGAACAGGCUUACUCCCAGAGCCUACUGGUUGCCUCCUACACAUCUCCUCCUCAAUGGAACAUGGGACUUCCAAUAUGCCCCAACGCCCUUGGAAGCUUCAGAAUAUCCCCCAAAGAACGGAAGCUCUGAAGGGACUUGGUCAGCGAUCAAUGUCCCAGGCCAUUGGCAACUGCAAGGACAUGGCCAUCCGCACUACACCAAUGUCCAAUUCCCGUUCCCGUCAAACCCUCCUUACAUACCAACUGAGAACCCCACGGGGACUUAUCGGCGACACUUCAACGUUCCCGCUGAAUGGGACAGCACAUCCCAACUCAGACUGCGUUUUGAUGGCGUUGACAGCGCGUAUCACGUCUGGCUGAAUGGCACCUUUGUCGGAUAUUCACAAGGUAGUCGCAAUGCUGCCGAAUUCGACGUCACAGGCAUCGCCAAGAAAGAAAAUGACAAUGAAUUGGUAGUGAGAGUCUAUCAAUGGUGUGAGGCGUCAUACAUCGAGGACCAAGACCAGUGGUGGCUGUCGGGUAUCUUCCGCGAUGUGACUUUACUGGCACUUCCUGGACAGUCAAGGAUUGAAGACUUCUUUGUCAAGACAAACCUUGAUGAGAACUAUGAGAAUGCUGUUCUCCAGGUCGAUGUCACCCUGAACAAACCUGAACUUUCAACUCUCGAUCUCCUGCUAAUUCUUCGAGAUUCCGGGGUCGAAGUAAGCUCAACACGCAAGACGGUUGUUAACAACACAGUCAAGUUCGGAAUCCCCGUUUCAAAGCCCAAGAAAUGGACUGCCGAAAGCCCUUACCUCUACCAGCUCGAGAUCUCACUCCAGGCACAAGGAGGAGACACAGUCCAGUCAAUUUCACAGAAUGUUGGAUUCCGUAAGGUCGAACUGAAAGAUGGCCUCAUCACAGUCAACGGCUCUCCAAUCCUUCUUCGGGGCACGAACAGACAUGAUCACCAUCCGAUCCAUGGAAGGGCUGUCCCAUAUGAGUUUCUCAAACAAGAUCUGUUGCUCAUGAAACAGCACAACAUUAAUGCCCUCCGAACGAGCCAUUAUCCAGGCCAGCCCUGGCUGUAUGACUUGGCUGAUGAGCUGGGAUUUUGGGUCAUGGAUGAAGCUGACCUAGAGUGUCAUGGGUUCUAUGACGUUGUCACCCAGCAUGUCACACCUGCUCCAUAUCUGGAUUAUGAGGGAAGCAAGGAAGAGUUCUUCCCCAAAGCAGCCCAAUUCACCUCUGAUAACCCCGAAUGGCGCGAAUCUUACCUCGACAGGAUGGUGCAGAUGGUACAGAGGGACAAGAACCAUCCUUGCAUCUUCUCAUGGUCCCUUGGUAACGAGUCCUUCUACGGUGUCAACCACGUCGCGAUGAUCGAGUACGCACGAAGUAUCGACGACCGACUUAUCCACUACGAAGGCGACAUCAAAGCACAAGAGACUGACAUGUACUCCUACAUGUAUCCUGAUCAAGACCGGCUCAAGAGACAUGUCGAGAUCGAUGGCAUCAAGGAUGGGCAGUGGGAGAAGCCUGUGAUUCUUUGCGAAUACGCUCAUGCUAUGGGUAAUGGCCCUGGAGGCUUAGAUGACUAUCAAGACGCAUUCCGUAAGUAUAAACGCCUUCAGGGUGGUUUCAUCUGGGAAUGGGCCAACCACGGCCUCUUGCACAAAGACGGCUACUAUGCAUAUGGAGGCGAUUUUGGUGACCAGCCAAACGAUUCCACGUUUGUCAUGGAUGGUCUCUGCAACAGCGAGCAUAAACCAACCCCAGGUCUGAUUGAGCUGAAGAGAGUAUUCCAGCCUAUCAACUUCAAGUACGAGGAUGGCAAGGUGUUUAUCACAAAUGAGUAUGACUUUAUCGGCCUUGACCAUUUAGAGGCUAAGUAUGCCAUUAAGGCGUAUGGCGAUAAGCCGUCCUUGCUCGAGUCGGGCACCCUCGAAGUGCCAAGCGUCCGACCGUGGGAAACAGUAGAGCUUGCUCUCCCCGCCGACCUAACUAAGUACUCGGAUCAUGAAGAAGAAGUGUUCCUGAGUCUCUCUUUUGCUCUCAAGGAGUCUACCGCGUGGGCACCAGCUUCACAUGAGAUCGCAUGGUUCCAGCAAAAGAUCUCCACCGACAGACAACCCAGUAUUCCUGCCAGUCUAUCAGCUUCCGGAAGUGUCAAGGUUGUCGAAACUCGAACCAAGGUCGAAGUAUCUGGCUCAGAUUGGGAAGUUCACUUCGAUCGUGUACGAGGAUACGUCACUAAAUGGUCUCGCGGAUCAGAUCUUCUGGAAGUUGAUCCAGACACUCGCGCGGCAAUUUAUCCAUGCUUCUGGCGCGCGCCAACAGACAACGAUAAGGAUAGUGCAGUCAGCGUAUGGAAGGACUAUGGUGUUCAUCGAAUGACUUCUCAGCUGAGAUCGUUCAAGGUUGAGAACGGGGCGGACGGCUCUGGUGUCAGUAUCGAGACCAGGACAUACUUUGCGCCUCCGGUUUUGGGAUGGGGAUACGAUAUUCACACUGUCUACCACAUAUCCUCAAAGGGCGUCUUGUCGAUAAACCUGGUUCUCAAUCCCAAGGGAGUCUUCCCAGUCGACGUCCCUCGAGUUGGUCUGAACAUCAGAUUGCCCAAGAGUCUCACACGAGCCUCGUGGUUCGGUCGAGGUCCAGGCGAGUCUUAUCCCGAUAAGAAGCACUCACAAGCCAUUGGAAUUUGGUCUUCUACGGUUGAUGACCUCGAAGUCCCAUAUGAUGUGCCCCAAGGCAAUGGAAAUAGAAUGGAUACGCGUUGGGUGCGGCUUGUAGAUGCAGGAGGUCGCGGAAUUAGAGCCUCCAGGCUUGAUGCCGCAACCUUCAACUGGACUGGCGGCCGUCUGUCAGAUCGAACUAUUGAGAACGCAAAGCAUCCUGUUGAUCUUGUUCGCGAAGACGCUACGCUUCUUAACCUAAGUCCAAGGGUCGCUGGUGUUGGUAGCGCGACAUGUGGACCUGGUGUGCGGGACGAUUUGUUGGUCGAGGUUAAGCCCGAGUCAUACGGAUUCGUACUAGAAAGUAUUUAA